AGAUAGGGGAGAUAAACUCAAUGUGAAAUGAAAAAUCGCAGUGAGUGAUAACAAAUGGAUAACCAAUUAUUGAAAUUAGGCCACACAAAGAUUGUUAUCGCAUGAGACUACCGUCAACAGCAAACUGAAUACUCUAUUUAGUUAAUCUCGUUCAAAGAUCAGCUCACUGUAUUGACUGACUAAACCAACAUGAAAACAUCACUGUCAUUUCUGAUACUGGUCUUCCUGAUCAGCAUCCGUCCUACAGACUACACGAAGAUCAAGAAAAUGAAUUUAACUCCAGGGUGUGAAAAGCAACUUCAAGGAUGCGACGACUUCAAAGAACCCAAACAAAGACUUGGGAGCAUGCAGUGUAAAUUUUAUAAAAGUUCUUGUUCCUACUCUUGCACUUUGAGAUGUCCAAGAAAGGAUGGGAAAUUUUUACAAAUUUCUGACAAACGUUAUGCCAAAGAGACUUUCAACUGCAUCGCUGGUGUCUGGAAGAGAAAGGAAACGCCUAAAGCAUAUUGUUUAUCGAACAGCGCAGUCAAGGAGGUCAGACAAAAUUUUUACCACAUGGAUGAACUCAACACUUUGAUCAAGACACUCUUCAAUACUUCUUAUAACCUUAUUGGCAUGGCUACAUUCUAUGAGAGAGCAGACGUGGCACUACCAGGCUUCAGCAAGUUGAUGUCAGAUUUGUGGCAGAAGGAGGUCCAACUAGCUCGCUCUAUGCUGUCUUACAUAAAUAAGAGAGGUGGAUACAUCUCACUCUUUGAUAUUCCAAGUCCAUCCGUCCAUGAAACUCUGCUGUCUAGACUUGAAUCAAAAUCUGGACUAGCUGGCAUGGAGUCUGCUCUGGACAUCCUGAAGGACGUGAAUGGAGAGGCCCUGAUGCUUCACAAGCAGGCUACUGACAACAAGAAGAUGUCUGACCCUCAUCUGAAGUUCUUUUUGGAAGAUGGGAUAUUGAGUCAGAAAGUCCAAGACAUCGAGACAAUUGCUCAGCUCACCACUCGUCUGAAGAGUUUCUCGGAUGAAGACUACCCUCUAGGAGAGUAUGAAGUGGACUUAGAAUUACGUUAAGUCCAUACAGUGAUGAGUUCAAAUGAAAUUGAAACUAAGAAGUUAACCAACUAACAUUUAUAUGUGUAACUUUAAAUAAAUAGAAAACAACAACAAAACA